CCUCUUGGUGGCUGCGCGCCCGCAGCGCCAGAUGCGGAAAAGGCGCUGGCUGGAACGCCUUGCGCCAAGGUGCGUGUUGCUUCCUGGUUUCCGUCCUCAGGUACAGAUCGGGAGAGGCGGAGGCUGCUUUUUCCUCUCCUGUGCCAAGGAUUGGAGAGCGAAGGCAGGAGGGUGAGUCUCGCAGCCAGGCUUUGCCCUAGACGAGGGACACUCACACAACGCGCCGUCGCGAAGUGCCGGCCCCAUAUUGUGACUCUAACGCUUGCGCUCGGGAGAAAGUUUACACGGGAGAGUGGAGCCCCCUGUCGCUUUCACACAACUCGCUCGCCCCGCAAAUAAUCUUGCACCGUUGGGACUCCUUCACUGAAAUUGCAAGAGGCUUCUCUGAAGUUUGUAUCUCCGGUGUAGUCAGUUUCGGUUCCUGUGCAAUUUUGAGCACCGGAUAAAUGCUCCCCCUCUUUGGCACAAGGGUACAAGUCAUCCGGCUUUGAGAGAGAAAGAGAAAGCGUGUGUGUGAACAGAGAGAGAAAGAGAAAGAUCAGUAGGACUUUGCCCUUCUUUCGGUCCUGGCGUCUCUUGCUCACUUUCCUCUCUGCAAGAUUGCCCGUCGAGGGCUGAAUGCCGCGCUGUGGCAUUUGAAUCGGGGCUUGCAAGCAGGGCCGGAUUUAGGUUUGAUGAUGCCCUAAGCUUCUAAAGGUAAUGGGGCCCUUUAUAUGUCCAGCUGUACUUGUCAACAACUAAUUGUUGCUGUUUUUUGUGUUGAAUAUAUGCUAUAUGGUAAUUUAUGGACCUAAUAGGUAUCUAAAGCCAUUUUCACAUAACAAAAUAUGCAUUUUAUCAAAGUAAUUGUUGAACUGAAAUAUAAUUAAGAAGAAGUAUAUUAAUAGUGAAAUAAUUAUGAUUACCAUAUUUAUUAUAAUUAUUUCACUAUUAUUUAUAAUUUUUAUCAUAUUUUUUUGGAAAUUUACAUCCAGUUUUUUCUCCUUUAAAUUUUUGGGGGGCUCCCAAGAGAGUGGGUCCCUAAACUAUAGCUUGUUUAGCUUAUACCUAAAUCCGGCACUGCUUGCAAGGCUAAACUCCAGAAACAGUGGCUUGUGGGCAGGGCGCUGCUGGAUGAGGCCUCUUCCCCUGCUGCCUUGCCUGGAAUCCAGGGGGGUUUCCUCAUAUGCUUUGCCUUUGGGAAGCAAUGACUUGCAGAGGAAAGAGGAAGCUGCCAGCAGAUGCCCAUCAGCUCAAACAGAUGAGUCCUGAGGCACCAGGACAGAGGCCAGCGCUUAAUGGUGUGCUCAGCUGAGAUCCAGCCUCUCAGACCAGGCAAGCUGAGGCAGAGCUAUGGCCAGCAACAAAGAGAUUCUUCGUGUGGUCAAGGACUUAAAGAAUACCGUGACCGAGUUAAACAAAAACUACCGGGAGCAGGGACUACCGGUGACGGACGGGAGUCGGGAGUUGCAGCAGUUCUGUGCCCAGCUGGAGUUCCUGUUGCAGUAUGAUCUGAAGGAAAAGAGAAACCUCUUUGGGCAAAGGAAAGAUUACUGGGACUUCCUGAGCCGAAUCCUGACCAGGCUACACAGUGGUGUGCAUGCAGGGGUGCAACACGUCACCUCCCUCGACAAACUGAAAACAGCCAUGGGGAAGGGCCGUGCUUUCAUUCGUUAUUGCCUGGUCCAUCGGCAGCUGGCGGAGACCUUGCAGCUUUGUUUCAUGGAGCCAGAAGUCAUCAGUGAGUGGUAUUAUGCACGCAGCCCUUUCUUGGAUCGAAAGUUGUGGACGGACAUCUUGGGCUUCCUCUAUGAGCUGGAUGGCAUAGCCUUUCACCUGGCCCUGCGCAGAGUAGACCUGGAUGCUGCCUGGCCCGUGGUCUCUGAGGCUUUGCCACGAUGUUCCAACCCAGCUGCUAUGCACUCCCAGCAGAAGGCAGCAUCCUCUGAGGUUGGGAACCCAAACAGAAACUGCGCAAACCACCAAGGGGCCACCAAAGUUCACGAGAGCUCACCAAGAACCGCUAGUGACCAACAUGCUGUUGAGCCAAUUGCUGAUGAUCGACUCAGUGCUGGGCUGGAAAACUCAAUGGAGAAAUGGGUUGGGAUCUGGAGAAGCAGGAAGAACAGUCUGCUGCAGAUAGGUGCUCUCUUGAAGCUGAGUCAUUUUAUGGAAGUGGAUCCAACUGCUGACAGGGAGGUGCAGAAGGGAAAUGGUGAGCUGCAGGCCCAAGUGGAGAAGCUGAGCAAGGAGCAGCCAGGAAGCAUCUCUUCCACCAAGGAACGAUGUUCCCUGCUUCAUCAGGCAGAUCAUUGCCUGUGUGGAAAGAUGGAGAGCCCACCUACUGAAGGUGACACCAGGUGGAAGCAGGACUUCAAAACGCUGAUGUGGGAGCUUGCUGCUUUGCGGCAAAAGUUGGCCCAGCAGCAAGAGGAGAAUGCAUCUCUGAGGCUAACCCUUUUGGAGGAAAACCAGCUUCUGAAAGAGGAGCAGGCAAAACAUGAGCAGCAACACAAGGAGAAGAUGGAUGAGCAGGAAAAACAGCAGCAGGAGUUGGCCAAAGCCAUCAAGGCCCUCAGGGAGGCAGAGGACAAGGUUGCCAACCUGACUGGCGAAUGCCAGGAGGCCUGGUCCAAGAGAGAUGCCGCCGAGAGGUCUCUAGAGGAGGCAGAGCAAAGGCUGAGUUCUCAGGAGGCAGAGAGGAGGAAGCACUUGGCAGACAUUGAGGCCCAAGAGUUAAGGCGCCAGCAUCUGGCCUCUCGGUGUCAGAGCCUGCAGGAGAAGCUGAAGGCAUGCGAAGAGAGCUUGGAGAAGUGGGAAGCCCAAGGUAUGAAAAGCCAAGGUGGCCAGCUGGGAAUGAAUGAGGAGCAGUCAGAAGGCAUGAGCUGCAGGCCAGCAGAAAGGGAAGAACAUCCAGCCAUGUUGGAAUGGGGUCCUCUAAGGGGGAAACUGGAGAGGAGCCUUGCUGAGAUACAGGUACUAGAGAGGGAGAAGGAGACUCUUAUGGAAACUCUGGUGUCCCAGGAGAAAAGUCUGGUGUUUUCAAAACUAGAGGUUCAGGACCUUCAGAAGGAGCUGUCGGCAUGUCAGGAGCAUGUUGCCACUCUCCGGACAUCUCUGGAGGAGCAGGGUAAGGCCCUGAGGGUCAAGGAAGAAGCAGCUCAAGGUUUGCAAAGAGAGUUGAAUGACCAGUUGGCCCAGCUACGGGACGCCCUGGAGAAAAACACUAUGCUGGAGGCUCGUUUAGAGGAAGCGGCCAGCAAGAAGUCUCAGCUGGAAGCUCAAGCUGUUGAGGAGCAGGCCAGGUGUGAAAGCACUUUGCAGGAACUAGGGAACCAGCUGGGAGCUUUUGAAAAGGAGUUGGCCACACUGCAAGAGGAGAGGCAGCAGCUGCGGGCCACCUUGCAGCAAGCCCUCAAAGAAAGAGAGGCCUUGGCGACUCAAGCUGAGAGCAUGGCUUCUGCUCUGGAUGGACGGACCCAGGAGGCUACACAGCUUCGGAAAGAGCUGGAGGAGCUCAAGGCCACCAGCAAAGCACAACAGACAUCCUUGCAGGAGACAAAUGAAGUAGUGGCCUCAGCCCUCAGGGGAGAGUGCCUGCAGCUGAGAAAUCAACUGGAGCAACUGGAGCAGGAGAAGAUGCAGGCCACAAACAUGGCGGAGCAGCUGAGUGAAGACUUGGAGCAGGGCUGGGAAUGGCCCAGGGAAGAAGGUGCUCUAGAGAGGACAUGGCUUCCUUCUGUCCCUGUGCUGGACUCAACCUGUGGAGCCAGAGAUGAAAAAGGCAGGGACCUGGUCAGGAAGAGGGGCAUCACUGAGGAAAACAGCCAUGGAGGAGCAGGGUCACCGCCAAUGAACACAGAGCUUCUUCAGGUCGAUGUGCUACAAGAUGCAGCAAGUCCUGUCAAGAAAGGGGCCGGUGCUAAGCCUUGUGCAGAAGCCCAUGGGAAGUGUCUAACUUACCAUCUGAAGAAAAUGACGGCUGACGUGCAGCAAGCAAAGCAAAUGUUUGUUGCAAAGGAACAAAGAAUGAUGCAUCUGAUGGAGCAGCUGAGCCGGUCUCAGCAGGAAAAGGAACAGUUGCUGCUUUUGCUGGAGAAAAGCCAACAGGAAUCGGAGGAGAAGGAGAAGAGGUACAAAGGGGAGCUGUCAGAACAGGGGGAGAUCAUUUGCAACAUGAAAGGAAAACUGCUGGAGUUACUACGGGAAAAAGAUGCCCUGUGGCAAAAGACAGAAGGCAUUGCCUCCACAACAGUAUCUCCAGCUCCUCAGAACCCAGGGGUGUGUGUUCAGUGCAAAAAGGAUUUCAGGCUCAUGUCACGCCGAUACCAGUGCAGGUUGUGUCGGAGCAUCGUGUGUCAUGCCUGCUCGGUGAGCAGUGGGCACAAGGAGCGCUCCUGCCUUCCCUGCUACCAGAAGAGAAAUGGACAAGGCACCUGACCAGAGGGCUCAGCAAGGCAGCCCAUUCCCCCCAGCGGUACAGACACUACAAGUCCAGAAAAUGGCUCCCUCCCUGAGUGUCAUGUGGGAAUGGAUGUGACUUAUGUUUGGGCAUUGGUUGCAGCCUCCUCCGAAUGAAGAGGAGCAUAUGGUGGCAGUUGCAAUGACAGACACUGCAAUGACAGCAAGGAAAUAGCUUAGAAAUUAAGUUUGUAUCAGGGAUGACUCUAAAUAUCCAGCGGGUUCCAGUGGUGUAGCAGCAUCUCUCAUUCUUUCCAGAUCCAACACUAUUAGUUAGAAGUCUGUUUUUAUCUGGCAUUUCUGUGAGGCAGGGGUCGGCAAAGUUUUUGUGACUUGAGCCGGUUUACGGUCCCGCAGACGCUACAGUGGGCUGGAGUGCACACACAUGCAUGUGCAAAUGCUAUUUCUGGCACUUCUUCCGGCCUGAAGGAGGCGUGCACAGCUUCCCAUUGGCUGCAGAAGCAUCCUGCAGCCAAUGGGAAGCCAGCCAGCGGUGCAGAAGACAGUCCCCGCUCUGCUCCACACCGGUGUAGCACGGCGCACGGGAGCUGACCAAAUGGGUGGCAGGGGUCCCCGAGCAGGUGGCAGGGGUCCAUGGGCUGGUUAAACGACCCCCAUAGGCCUUAGGUUGCUGACCCGGUUGCCCGGCACUCAGCCAUUUGCCUUCAGCCCCUGCAACUGAAUAUUUCCCAAACUUCUCCUUUGCGGGAUACCAUGCAUUGACCCAACAAACAGUUGCUGUGGUUGGUUGGAGGUGCUGGGGACAGCAGGCACAUGAAGCAUGAAUAAGGCCAUCGUCCAAAUGAACUGACACAGUCGAUCAUUAAAGUUGAGCAUAUGGAAGCUGGCAAACAUGGGAUGUGAAAGUGAGCGACUUCAUGAGCAGUUGCCCUGUUCUCUCUCAGCAGCAUCACAGAAGGAGAAAUUUUGUAGGAUAAUGCUGUGCCUACGCCAAAUUCCCAAGCUAGUCCAGGGAAGCAUUUUGCUUCCUACUGUACAGUUUCCUACUGCAGGUGGUGGGAACUCCUGAGGCAGCUGGGAAGAUGACUGAUCAAGAAGAAUUAUGGGAGGGGAGGAGUCCCCAUCGCCACCAUGGAUGGCAGGUGUCAUGCCCCCAGUUCACUGUACUUUAUUUAUUUUUACUCUGAAAAUCACUACUGGAAAAUGGAAUCCAUAAUUGAAUCAUGUAAUUGCUGUGGAAGAAAUGAUUAUUUAUGGGGUGGAGCAUUCAGAAAUUAAAUUUUAAAGAAAA